UAUGUUCAGUGUUUGGACGAGGACCAUCACAAAGAAGGUGGAAGCCCGUUAGCUUCGCUAUCCUUUGGAAUGGUUUCUCAGGUUCCAUUCGAAUAUAUGCACCUCGUAUGCUUGGGUGUCGUUAAAGAACUAUUAUCUGCGUGGAUAUGCGGUAAAUAUUCACGCUCCUCUAAACUAUCCAGUAGUCAGGUUUCUUUGAUGUCUACAAGACUGGAGAGUCUCAGACAAUAUUGUCCCUCUAAUUUCGCUCGACGCCCAAGAUCAAUCCAGCAAUUUUCUAAUUAUAAGGCCGUAGAAUUUCGGCAAUUUCUUCUUUACACUAGACCCGUUAUAGCAUCUGGAAUUUUGCCCGAUAAAUUAUUUAAUCACUUUUUGCUUUUACAUUCAGCGAUUCUGGUAUUAGCUUCACAAUCUCCGUCACCUGGUUAUUUAAAUUUUGCAGAGAUCGCUCUGCAAAAAUUUGUUCUUCGUAGCGAACAAUUGUAUGGCCCACAUUUUUGUUGUUACAACAUUCAUGGUCUUCUUCAUUUAACCGAGGAUGUUAGACGUCUUGGUUCCGUUGAUUCGUUUUCUGCUUUCCCUUAUGAAAGCAAUGUGAAAGUAUUUAAAAAAUAUUGUAGGAAGGCGGGUCAGCCUCUCCAACAAAUUGUAAAAAGAAUGGCGGAGAUUGAUAGCAGUAGAGUGUAUGUAAAUAGGGAUCAGGUUUCUUCGAUACAGGUAUCUAUGCCUAUUGGCAGCGGUACUGAAUCUCAUCUUCAGUACCGUAAGAUACAAUUUAAUGGUAUGGCCUUCAGUGUAGAUGUACGCGAUAAUUGCUGCAUCUUACAGAAUGGUACCAUAUCCAUUAUUUGCUCCAUUGUCAAGCAGGGCGAUGGAGUCCAAUUAGGUGUACGCUCGUUUUUGCAGGUAGAUGANCAAUCUGAUGCCAAUCUGCGUACAUUUUGCUAA